GGUCAAGUCCACGCGACUUAUAAACCGCGGCGCGCGCAAGAAACCAAGCUCGUACACGAUUAGUGGUAACUGCCUAACAAAAGAGCCAAAUGCGUUCGCCUCGUCUUCUCGCCACCAUGGCUCACCUACCACGCUUCCCCGUCCUCGUCUUCCUCUUCCUCUUCGUCCAUGCUCAUGUCCCCGCCUCCCAUGGCGCCUCUCUCCCGCCCACUUACGACCGUUCAAUGUGCUCGGAAUCGUUCUGGUGCGGGGGCGUCGAUAUCCACUACCCGUUCUACCUCUCCAACGCAACCGAAGACACCGCCGAUUACAGUACAUCCUUCUCCUGCGGCUACACCGAUCUGAAGAUCUUCUGCCGGGAGGAGGGGGCAACCAAGACCCCCAUCAUCCAUCUCGGCGGCGACAACUACACGGUACAGAACAUCUUCUACAACACCAGCACCAUCAUCCUCGCGGACAGCGACGCGCUCAGCGGCGGCAGCUGCCCCAGGGUUCGCCACAACGUCAGCUUCGGCCAGGAGUGGCUGCACAACACCAGCUCCUACGACAACCUCACCUUCUUCUUCGGCUGCUACGCCACAUCAAGCGAUCCCGCGCCGCCUCGUUUUGACAAAUACAAAAUCGAUUGCGCGGAGUUCAAUAAUUCGGCGGACGGUGGAGUCUCCUUCGUGUUCACGUCUGAAGAGGUGGACAAACCUCUGGAGCACGAGUUGUCCGUGUACUGCAAGGCGAUUGUCACCGUGCCAGUGAGAAGCGAGGUUCUGACGGCAAACGAUACUCCGUCCGUGCUGACAAGUAGCGGAUACGGUUACGUGCUUCGGCAGGGGUUCGAGCUGGCCUGGAACCAGAAGACGACAGGCCUGUGUUACCGAUGUGAGCAGUCCGGCGGACGGUGCGCCUACGGUCGGAACGGCGACUUUCUGGGUUGCUUGUGCAAGGACGGGAAGGCGGGCAACCAGAACCAGGAUUGCAAAAACAGUGGAGCCAGCACAGGAGAGUCGCCAUCGAGGCAUCACAACAUAAUUAGAAUGGAUGCUAUUGUCAGCACCUCGGCCCUACUGCUGCUGUGUCUACUUAUCCUAGCAUUCUUCUUGGCUCACAAACAUGGUUUGUUGUCCAUUAAAUCGAAGGACGCACCAAGCAUUGAGUCAUUUCUACAAAAGAAUAGAAAUUUACAUCCAAAAAGAUACACUUAUGCAGAAGUGAAAAGAAUGACAAAGUCUUUUUCUGUAAAGCUAGGCCAAGGUGGAUUUGGUGAUGUAUACAGAGGCAACCUCUCCGAUGGCCGCCAGGUAGCAGUUAAGAUGCUAAAAGACACCAAGGGUGAUGGGGAGGAAUUUAUGAAUGAGGUUGCUAGCAUUAGCAGAACUUCUCAUGUCAAUGUUGUUACCCUAUUAGGAUUUUGCUUGCAAGGAUCCAAAAGGGCACUCAUUUACGAGUACAUGCCUAAUGGUUCACUUGAAAGGUAUGCCUUCAAUAACAACACAAAAAGUGAAAAUACACUAACUUGGGAGAAAUUAUUUGACAUAGCAAUUGGCAUUGCUCGAGGACUUGAAUAUCUCCACAGAGGAUGCAAUACUCGCAUCGUGCAUUUUGACAUUAAACCCCACAACAUUCUAAUAGAUCAAGAUUUCUGUCCUAAGAUAUCUGAUUUUGGAUUGGCCAAGCUAUGCCUGAACAAAGAGAGUGCUAUCUCAAUUGUUGGUGCAAGAGGAACAAUAGGCUAUAUUGCCCCAGAGGUCUACUCAAAGCAAUUUGGAACAGUAAGUAGCAAAUCUGAUGUCUACAGUUACGGAAUGAUGGUCCUUGAGAUGGUUGGGGCAAGGGACAAGAAUAUCAAUGCAAAUAGUGAGUCUAGUAGCCAAUAUUUUCCUCAGUGGAUUUAUGAGCAUUUGGAUGACUACUGUAGCAGUGCUUCCGAGAUUAAUGGUGAGACCACAGAACUCGUGAGAAAGAUGAUAGUGGUAGGUUUGUGGUGUAUACAAGUGAUUCCAACUGAUCGGCCAACAAUGACUAGAGUUGUCGAGAUGCUAGAAGGUAGCACAGGUAAUCUGGAAUUGCCACCAAGGGUGCUCCUGAGUUGAUAAGCAUCCAUAUGUUCCUAUUAAAAGGUAACUCAUUCCACUGCAAACAUUUAUGUAAUUCACAAAAAUUAAAGGCACGCAUCAAAUGAUGAUGUUGGUAUGUAAAUGCUAAAUGGCGACGAAACUAAGGAUUGUUUAGUGGGUUUGCUAAUAUAAAGUUGUAUGAUUGUAUCAUUUGGAUCA